AUGGGGAAUGAUACGAUUUUGGUUACCGUCUUACUACACCGCUUAGCCACGACUUUUAAGAUUCGGGACUUGGGGCCACCAAGCUUCUUCUUAGGGAUCGAGACCCUCACAGUUGGAGAUAGCUUUCUUCUCUCUCAGCGCCGGUAUAUGCAGGAUAUCCUAUCUCGCUCGGGCAUGACAGAUUGCAAAGCCUUGGCAACACCGGCUUCGGUAACACAACCGGCUGUUCCUACUUCCGAUCCUUUUGAAAAUCCCACACAGUACCGCCGUAUAGUGGGGGCCUUACAGUAUCUCACCAUUACUCGUCCCGAUCUGGUUUAUUCAGUAAACAUGUUGUGUCAGUUCAUGCAUUCUCCCACAGAUAAUCAUUGGUGUCUUCUCAAGAGAGUUCUCCGGUAUAUUAAAGGAACACAGGACUACGGUCUACGCCUUCGUCCGUCUACAACGUCUGAUUUACACGCUUAUUCCGACUCCGACUGGGCUGGCUGGCCAAUUGAUCGGAAGUCCACCAGUGGGUAUGCGGUCUUUCUCGGGGAUAACCUGGUUUCCUGGGUGUCCCGCAAACAGCGCACAGUGGCGCGCUCAUCAACUGAAGCUGAAUACAAGGGCCUGGCAGACGUUGCAGCAGAAGUCACUUGGGUUGUCUCUUUGCUCCGUGAACUUGGCUCCACUCAGGCAAGCCGGCAACACUGUGGUGCGACAAUCUUGGGGCCACAUACCUGGCUGCCAAUCCAGUUUUCCACGCUCGGAUGA